GACGACCACGACAACUUGACGCUCCUGUUGAGCGCUGCUUUGAUUGCUGCUGGCCCGCGACUGAAACGCCCGGAGCGGAGUGUGUUGGGCUUCAGGCAGUUCAACAAGCCUGACCUCCCACACUCGGUACAAUGGACCCGCAAGAAUGGUAUAAUGGCUUGCCAAUCGUGACCAAGACGCUCUUCACCUCAGUCCUGGUCACGACCCUGGCUGGCAAUUUCGGCCUCCUCAGCCCGUACACGCUCAUCCUCAAUUACCCUCUCAUCUGGGGCGGCUUUGAGAUCUGGCGCCUCGUCACCUGCGUCUUUUUCUUUGGCAAGCUCGGCUUUCCCUUUCUCAUGAACCUCUACUUCUUGUACAACUACUCGCUCAAUCUGGAACGAGGCCUUUUCGAGCGCCGUACAGCGGACUAUGUCUGGAUGAUUGUUUCCAUCUGGCUGACCCUUCUCGUCGUGGCAUACUUCAUGUCUCUUGUGAUGAUCGGCUUGCCCCUGGUCAUCGCCAUUCUUUACGUCUGGUGCAACGUGAAUGCGGAGCAGAUUGUCUCGUUCUGGUUUGGAACCAAGUUCAAAGCCAUGUAUCUGCCCUGGGUCCUUGUUGGUUUCAACAUCCUCAUGGGUGGCAAUGGUUUCUCGGAGCUUUUGGGUAUCUUCGCCGGUCACGUCUACUACUUUCUCAAGUACAAAAUGCCGGAGAAUGGCUCCCCCGAUUACCUGCAGACCCCUGCCUUUGUCCGCAAUAUUUUCCCUGACGAGCAAGGUGGCUUCGGCACCAUGGGUGGUACCACGUUUGGUCAAGCCCCAGCAUCACGUGCAGCAGCUGCGGCUGCAGAUCGCCGAACCUUUACUGGUGCCGGACAUCGCCUUGGCAACCAAGACUAGAGCUUAUACUCUUUUGCCGUCUAGGCGCUACGCUACAACCCUCAACUCCUUAUCCAAUCCAACUAUCAAAGCUACCACACGUCUGGCUGUCUCAAUUUAUUCCCACCAGGAG